AGGCUUGCGCUGUUGCGCAAUUCAUUCUUCUUUCCAGACCUUCAUCGACAAAGGGAAAUCAUGAGUGCGCCCAUGCCUCCCCCCGCUGCCCCCGCGCAGCAUGAUGUCGUGGUCGAUAUGCCUCCGACCGAGAAGCUCGCGUCAUCAGACGAUGGCGGCGCGCAGUCUUCAACGGCUGGGCUGAGCGGCGCCGAAAAGGAAAUUGUUGAGAGGCAGACUGCGGCGCCCAAUGAGAAGGUUGGCUAUUUUGCUCUGUUUCGUUACGCGGAUUCGAGGGAUAUUGCCAUCAUGGCGGUAGCGACGCUGGCAAGCGUCGUUGCGGGGGCGUGCUUGCCUUUGAUGACGCUUGUAUAUGGUAAUUUCGCGGGCAGCUUCACCAGCUUCUCGGUCGAUUCUUCGGCCAAGGAUGCGUUUCGCGAUCGGACGAAUCAGUUUACGCUGUAUUUUGUGUAUCUUGGAAUCGGGUCCUUUGUAUCAGUAUACAUGGGCAUGGUUGGCUUCUCAUACACGGGCGAGAGGAUCACUCAAAAGAUCCGAGAGCUCUAUCUCCGCGCCAUUUUCCGUCAGAAUAUCGCCUUUUUCGAUUUCCUUGGCUCAGGAGAGGUCACUACGCGCAUCAGUUCCGACAUGGUCCAGGUGCAAGAUGGUAUUGGCCAGAAAAUCUCGCUUUUCAUCUCUGGAAUUGCCAUGUUCUUCGCUGCUCUCAUUGUGGGCUUCAUAAGAGGCUGGAAACUGACACUCAUCAUGCUGUCCGCGACGGUUGCGCUGGUCUUGAUGAUGGGUUUCAAUGGUCGCAAUAUGCGAGCCAACCAGGUCAAGGCUGUAGAUGAGUUUGCAACGGCCGGUACACUUGCAGAGGAAGUCAUUUCCUCCGCGCGCAACGUCACCGCGUAUGGCACCCAGAAACGCCUUCAAGCCAAGUACAAAGGUUACCUCACCCGCGCUGCCAAGUGGGAUUUCAUGUCAAAAUUUUGGCUCUCGUCAAUGAUUGCUGGCAUGAUGGGAGUCAUCAACCUUCAGUACGCUCUCGCAUUCUGGCAAGGUAACCGCUUUCUGAAGAGCGGAGAGCUCGGCGUUGCCAAUAUCCUCACCAUUGUUAUGUCUGCCAUGGUCGCCGGUAUCUCGAUCGGCAACAACUUACCGCACAUCCAAGCUUUCGGUGGUGCUGUCGCAGCUGCAACCAAGGUCUUCAAUACAAUCGAGCGCGAUUCACCCAUCAACCCUGAGACAGAAGAAGGAGAGAAACCAUCCGAGUUCAUCGGAAACAUCGAAUUCAGAGGCAUCAAGCACAUCUAUCCCUCACGACCCGAUACUACCGUAGUUGAAGACUUUAAUCUCACGAUCGAACCUGGGAAGAUGGUGGCACUUGUUGGCGCAUCGGGCUCUGGCAAGUCGACCAUGUUUGGCCUUUUAGAACGUUUUUAUCUUCCCAUGUCUGGUCAGGUCUUCCUUGACGGGAGAGACAUCAGUACACUGAAUCUGAGGUGGCUGAGAAGACAGAUGGCUCUUGUUAGCCAGGAACCCAUUUUGUUCAGCAUCACAAUCUUCGAAAGCAUAGCUCAUGGAUUGGUCGGCACAGAAUUUGAACAUGCCGCCGAAGACGUCAAAGUGGGUCUGAUCGAGCAGGCUGCCAAAAUUGCGAAUGCGUACGACUUCAUCAUGGAUCUACCCGAGAAAUUUCAGACUAAAGUAGGUGAGCGCGGUAACCUUCUAUCUGGAGGGCAAAAGCAGCGCAUUGCCAUUGCUCGAGCUGUAGUGUCCGAUCCCAAGAUUCUACUUCUGGAUGAGGCUACCGCUGCUCUUGAUACAAGAUCAGAGAAGGUCGUGCAAGAAGCGCUUGACAAAGCAUCCAAGGGCCGUACAACCAUCGCCAUCGCUCAUCGCCUCUCAACGAUCCGCAACGCCGACAAAAUUGUCGUCAUGGCGAAGGGCAAGAUCGUUGAACAAGGGACGCACGACCAGUUGAUAGCGAUGCAAGGGGUGUAUCAAAGUCUCGUUCAAGCCCAAGAGCUCAGCUCCAAGAUUCAGCCCCAGAAUGAGAUGACGGACUCUACAAUCACCAAUGAAAAGGGCGAGGUGGUGAUCGAAAAGGAGAAGCUCGGUCUUACCCGUACCGUAACGUCCAAAGCCGCCUCCAUCGUCGCCUCGAACAAAGACGGCAAAGAACAAGAGUAUGGUACAUUCGCACUGCUCAAGUUUGCAUGGUCACUUAACCGCGGAGAGCAUAAUCAGAUGCUUAUCGGGUUCGGAUUUUGCAUAAUUGCGGGUGCUGCCCCGGCCAUCCAGGCUAUAUUUCUCGGCAACUCAAUCAACAGCUUUUUCAUGCCGCAAACCUCAACUGGAGGGAAGGGUUCGGGCUUCUGGUGCUGGAUGUUUUUCAUGCUGGGGUUUGCAGUUUAUCUUGCGUACUUUGGACAGGGACUUACCCUCAGUAAAGCGUCUUCCAAAUUGGUUGCAGAAGUUCGCGAGCAAGCGUUCAGUGCCAUUCUUCGACAGGACAUCGAAUUCUUCGACGGCGACUCGGUGACAUCGGGUGCCUUGGCAAACUUCCUGUCAACCGAAGCAAACCGUCUUGCAGGUCUCAGCGGUGCAACACUCGGGACAAUUCUUACUGCCAUCGCCACGGUCAUCAUUUCCGUCGCAGUCAGUUUAGUCUUCGGGUGGAAACUCGCCUUGGUCUGCACAUCAACCAUUCCGCUCAUGAUCGGCUGCGGGUACUUCCGUUUCCGCGCUCUUACACGCAUGGAAAAGCGCACAAAAGAAUCUACCGACGCUGCCUCGUUCGCUUGCGAAGCUGCAUCCUCCAUCCGCACAGUCGCCUCCCUGUCUUUAGAGUCUCACCUCCUGGAGACAUAUCACGAGAAGCUUUUGGCGCAAGCCAAGGGUAAUCUCCGGUUCAUGAAUGUCUCUUCUGCUCUGUACGCCAUGUCUCAAGGUCUCUCUAUGUGGAUCAUCGCCCUCGUAUUCUGGUAUGGUGGUGGUCUGAUGCUCAACAUGGAGUACACUGUUCUCCAAUUCUUCAUCGUCUACAGCGCUAUCAUCAACGGCUCGCAAUCCGCCGGCGCCGUCUUCUCCUUUGCACCCGAUAUGGGAGAGGCUAGACACGCAGCGACGACUUUGAAGUCAUUCAUGGAGCGCGUCCCUAAGAUUGAUAACUGGAGCCCAGAAGGCAAGCAAAUCGACCGUCUCGUCGGCAGAAUCGAGCUCCAAUCCGUCCGCUUCAACUACCCCGGUCGAGCCGAUCACAAAGUCCUUCGCGGCAUCAAUCUUGUUGCCGAACCGGGUCAAUUUGUGGCGCUGGUAGGUGCCAGCGGGAGCGGGAAAUCUACCAUCAUGGCGCUGCUGGAGCGGUUCUACGACCCCGCCGCCGGCGCGGUGCUAGUCGAUGAUGUAGAGCUCAAGGACUACAACAUCCAAUCGUACCGCUCUCAACUCGCCAUUGUCAGUCAGGAAACCACACUAUACACUGGGACUAUCCGCGAGAAUAUCCUUGCAGACAAAGAGGAUGUUAGCGAUGCGGAUAUUGAGCAGGCGUGUAAAGAUGCCAAUAUCUACGAAUUUAUCGUUAGUCUGCCGGAAGGUUUCAACACGCUCGUCGGCGCAAAAGGUGCCCUCCUCUCCGGCGGCCAACGCCAACGCCUCGCCAUCGCAAAAGCCCUCCUCCGCGACCCAAAGAUCCUCCUCCUCGACGAAGCAACAUCAGCACUUGACUCCACCUCCGAACGCGUCGUCCAAUCCGCACUCGACAAGGCCGCAAAAGGCCGCACCACCAUCGCCAUCGCGCACCGUCUUUCCACCAUCCAGGCCGCCGAUGUCAUCUAUGUGUUUGAUCAGGGGAAAAUUGUGGAGCAAGGACGACAUGACGAGUUGAUGGGGAAGAAGGGGGUUUAUUGGGAGUUGGCCAGGUUGCAGAGUAUGGGCGCGCCGCAAUAAUACCCCCCUUUCUUCUUCUUUUUCUUUCUUUUCUUGAAAAGCUUUCAACAUUACCGUUUUUAUAAUUUUGUUUCUCCUCUGCGUCAUUGUUCUGC